AUUUAGAUUUACUUCAAAAAAAAAAAAAAACAAAUGCAGCCUAAGGAGCAUUUUCAAGCCUUUCUCUGAUUUGAGCACUUUCAAGCCUUUCUUCUCCAACUUCACGUAUGGACAAAACCAAAUCUUAAAAACAGUAGCCAAAGACAAACUCGAAAAAAAAAACUGGAAAAGUGUAUUAAUGACUUUAUUAUAUUCAUACUCAUUCCAUGCCUAUAAAAGUUGAUGAUAUCAUGGAACCUAUAAAAGCAUUUUAUUAAUUAAUCAGUUCAUUAUUUGCAGUUUCACCAAUUUCCUUGUCUUCAACACAGUAUAAUUAUUUCUUCAGGUGCACUCCAAGUGUUUGAUGAAAUGCCUGAACGAUGUUUUCACUCAUUUCGACACCGACCCAUUUGAGUUUUUCAAUCAUAAACCCCCUAAAAAGACUUAAUUUCGGAAGCAGAGCGGCGAUUUUCAAGCGAAAAGAUAUGGGGUCUUUUUGGGUUUUUAAGAUUAGGAAGGGAAGAACUGAGGAUAAUUCAUAUUGCUGGUGUAGUAAAGGGUCGGGAAAUGAAGGAGAUAUGGAGUUGGAAGCGGAAAUUUUGGCUUUUAUGGAGAUGUCUGAGAACCCGAAUGCGUUUCCAACAAGGAAAGAAUUGGAAAAAGCUGGACGAAUGGAUUUGGUAGAAGCUAUAAAGCAUAGAGGAGGGUGGUUUUCGUUUGGUUGGGACUCUGAGGAUGAUGAUGAUACUAAUAAUGUGAAUGUUAAUGAAGUUGAGAAUGUGGAAAUAGAUUUUGACAUUGAGGAGUUUCGUAGAAGAGUUGAGAAUGUUCAAGAGAGUGAUUUGUUACAUGGGAAUGAAGAUCAUUUUCCUGGUUCUGGAUCUUCUCUUUCUUCUCAGCCUGCUUCGUCCUCCGGUAGAUCGGUAAAAACUGUAGCAGAGGAAGAUAGCGGGAUUGAAGGGAUAUUGAGUCGUCUAGAAAAAGAAAGAAACUCAUCUCUUGGUAUUGAUCUGGGAAAAUAUGGACAUAUUUCUUAUAAUUCAAGUUGGGACAACAUAGAUGAUAGAUGCUUUGGGACCACUGAUCCAGACAGGACUGACCUAGGGAAAAAUGGUAGCCUCAGUAAAGGUAGUCCCAUGAAAGAUCUUCAAAGUGAUGGGGAGCUUAACCGUAGCGUUUCACCAGCCAUGCGGAGAAAAUGGAGCACACAACGUGCAUGCUUUCAGGAUAUAGGUUUUGAAGCUGGUGAGGUUGCUCUAGGUAAAAGUUAUAUUGAAGGUACCAGCGAAGCUUUGGGAGAUGAUGUAGUUAAUACCACAGAUAGUAGAACCGAUGCUUUACGAAGAUUGAAAAAUGAUAACCACAAUGAGAUAAGCACUCGGCUACAACAUUUAGAGCUUGAGCUAUCCUUGACACUCCGCUCAUUGAAAUCCAGUAGUGAGGAGAUAAGUUCGAAGGAGGAUUUUGGAAGCUCCCCAAGUGAUUCUGAUUCAUGGGAGUUUCAAGAGAAUGAAUUCAUGAAUGCCCAAGAGAGAUUGAGGUCGAUACGUGCAAAGUUGGCUGUGCUGGAGGGGAAAAUGAAACUUGCAAUAAAUGAUUUACAGAAGGUGUUAGACGAGAAGCAGAAGAGGAUUGAUAGGGGUAGUAAAGCCUUACAGUUCCUUCGUACUGCUCAGAUUGUUUGGACCAACUCCGCCUCGGAGGUUCUUCUAGCAGGCUCUUUUGAUGGAUGGACAACUCAGAGGAAGAUGGAAAAAUCGCGCACGGGUGUUUUUGCUGUAAACCUGAAGCUCUAUCCAGGCACUUAUGAGAUCAAGUUCGUUGUUGAUGGCAUAUGGAAGACUCAUCCUUUGAAGCCCAUUAUUCAUAACAGCGGGCAUGAAAACAAUCUUCUCAUUAUUACAUAAAAGCCUAGAAUUUGAAAGAUCAACAUAUCCUAUGUUGUUAAAGGACACAUAAUUUUUCUUCUCUUGGAAGUCUUACCAAGCGGUGAUUGUUGUUGCUACUUGACAAAUGUUUGAUCAUGCAAUCUUAGGUUCCAUGUAAAAUGUUGUUGUCCAUCCCCUCACCAUUCUUUAACCCCUAUACAAUACAGGUUUUUUACCUGGUGAUACAAAGCAUGUCCUCAAAAGAUCUGAAUUAACUUGAUCUUCGGUCUAGUAAAAGUUGAAAUUCUUUGACCCAUUUGCUCA